UGUCUUCUGCAUCCCCUACCCUCCUACCUAUUCUCUAUUUCUCUCCCCCCACCCCAUCACAGCUUUCACUCUUUCGUAUUAUCCCUCUCUCUGUAUUCCACCUCCCUCGCCCUCUCUCUGUCACUGUCGGAGAGCUGCAGGCAGACGAGGCAGCAUGCACUAAUGUUGCUAUAUUUGACAAGGCACGCGCACACCCUCUUCUGCCACAUGCACGGCUGCACACUCAUAUGAGAAAGAGGAAGGGGAGGCGAGGGCACCGGGACUUUAAGACGCACUGGAUGCGGUCUGAGUGCUGGAAUCACAAACAUAGCGAAACACGGAGAGGGGGUAAUGCAUGACGCCAGCAAACCAAUCGUGUUUUUCCUCUUUAUCUCUCUCUCUUUCUCUCUCAGACACACGCUCACGCCUCUCAGACACACGGCAGCACACGAGCCAGGGAGCGGGACGGCGUUGGACGUAUCAUUCAUACAGAGAAAAGAUCAGAAGGAAAGGAUUAACUCCCUCCAGCCUUCUCCCUCUAAGGAUCUUACCCCCUCUUCCCUCCUCGUGUUCCUCUAAGCCUAUCUUCACCUCGUUUUUUUCUUCUUUUUUACAACCCCUCCUUUUAAGAAAGAAAAAACAAGCUUUUCUUUUUUUACACAAUUCAUUUGUGGGCUGAGAGAAGCAGACAAGACAACCACAAUCUUUACCCAGCGGAUUGAUUCAGCUGGAGCAGUGACAUUUUUUUUUUCUUCGAUGUUUUGUCCUGUGGGAAAUUUUUUGAUCGUUUGUUUUUCAAUCAAAUAUCUUUGGAUUAAUGGCUGACAGCAGCAAGCUGUAAGGCUGGUGCCAACUGAGGUAUCUGGUAAAAAGCUGAGAAGAUGGAACAUCUAAAGAGACUCUCUUCUACAUGACAUAACAUAACUCAUAUGUCAUAUUGGACAGAGAGCUCAUGUUAUUCGCAAUAGUCUUUUUAGGUCUGGACUUUGACUGGGUCAUUCUAAGAGUUAAGUGACUUGCUGCAGCUUUUCCUUAGUCACUGUUCAUGUGGGAGGUGCAGGCAUGACGGCUUGACCCCUUCACUGCCCCACUCCUCUGGCAGAGGAAGGCUGCACACUUCUGUGUCAUGCCCCUCUACAUCCACCCCCCUGGGGGCACUGGCCUCCCCCCAACCGCUGCUACCGUCUUCUUGACCAGACACGUUUUCUGUGUCCUGAGCGUCUUGGCCAUGUUGCUUUUCCCAGCAUCCUCGUGUCCUCCUCCUUGUCUCUGCUCCUCGGACACCCUUGUGGUUGACUGUGGGGAACGUGGACUUUCCUCCCUGCCUCCUAUGCACCUCCUGCCUCCAGGGAGCCGCUCCCUGCUGCUAGCCAACAACAAGUUUGCCUCACUGGGAGCCUCAUCCUUUGCUAACCUGUCCUCCCUGGAGGAGCUGGACCUUUCAAAUAACUACCUGGAUAAUUUACCAGUCGGAUUGUUUAGAGACAUGUCCAACCUGACAAGACUGACUCUGCACAACAACUCACUAACAGUAAUGGACAGAGAGCUCUUCCAGGGUUUAGGGAGUCUACAGAGUCUGGACUUGUCUUUGAAUGGUCUGUCCACCAUUCCCAUAGGCUCUAUGGAUGAGCUGCAGCACCUCAGGUGGCUCUCGCUGGCAGGUAACAGACUUCAUGGUUUGGAGAGGGCAGCGUUUGAGCCACUGGUCAACCUGCAACACCUAGAACUGGGACAGAACCCCUGGGAAUGCGACUGCAACCUUCGUGAUUUCAAACACUGGAUGGAGUGGCUGCUGUACCGAGGGGGUAAGGUGGAUGCACUGGAGUGCACACUACCAAAGGACCUGCGUGGGAGGGACAUACGCGGCGUUCCGGUGGAGAUGUUCAACUACUGCCUCCAACUUGAAGAUGAGAAUGGAGGAGGAGUGGGUGGUGACGGUACUCGCUCUGGACAAGGAGGCGGUCCUCCAUGCAGCAGAAGUGCUCUCAUCCCAAGUGGGGCAACAUCAGUUUCUGACAACAGCGGCAGCGCUGGUGUUGACUCCUCUUCGUCCACAGGAGGCGGCGGAGGUGGCGAGGCCUCGUCGGAUUGCAGCCGUGCCCGCUACCGACCCGUGAGCGUGCGCCGCGCCAUCGGCACGGUGGUGAUUGCUGGCGUGGUGUGCGGCAUUGUGUGCAUCAUGAUGGUGGCCGCCGCUGCUUACGGCUGCAUCUACGCUUCUCUAAUGGCCAAGUACCAGAGAGAGCUGAAGAAGAGGCAGCCGCUAAUGGGGGACGGAGAGGCUGACGGGGAGGACAGGGAAGACAAACAAAUCUCCUCUGUGGCCUAAAAAGAGGGAUGGGACAGAGAGGAGCUGGCCAGUCAAAACGGGGGAAGGCUAAAAGCGAAGAAAAUAAAAGGGCUCUAAGAGGAGAGAGAUGGACAGGCUUGUUUUUCUACUCACGGACAUUAUUGUAUCUCUCCCUCUGACUCUCAUACUGACACCUCUUUCCCAUUUUUUUGUCUUCCUUUCCUCAUCCUUAAUCUAUUUUUAACCUCCUCCAGUCUUGUCCUUCUCUCUAACAUACUCUCCCACACACACACCCCUUAUCUGUUCCCUGAUUUUCUCUUCAAUUUUGGGCCCAUUCUCUGUCUGCAGUAUUUCUUACCAAUUAUUCUUCCAAGUUGCCUGCCAACCACCUACUGCAACUAAAUUUGCCAUUAUAUUGGCAAGAAAAACCCCAAAAAACCAAAAAACAGAUUUGGUAUGUCCCUAUAAUAGGAAACGUAUCAUUUAAGAUGUUAUGAAGCACCCAUGCUGCAUGGUCGGUAAGUAUUUGAAAAUCUGGAGUGAGGAUUCAGGGAUUCACAGUAUGCAUGGUGUUAAUUGGACCAAUGUUGACACUGAGUUGUAGAUUGUGUGCCAUCACCCAACUUAUCCUCUUCAAACCCAGUGGAAAAAUCCGAAAUCCAACACAUUUAGUCCUCUGAGCAAAUUCUAACAACUACCUUUAGUCUACAACCUCUAAGAAAUGACUGAUGUUAAGAAGCACAUUUGGGAUAUUUAUGUUAAAACAAAAAGAGGACUGGUAAGUUGCUUAUGUAUGCUGAUGAGACCAAAGUCGUAGAGAAAAAAGGUCUAGUUUGUCAAAAUCCAAGAGAAUAUGUCAUCGACUACAUCAACCUCUGUCCCUCUACCUGAAGCCGCUGUUUCCAUGGAUCUUUCUGGACUAAUAAAGAUCAACAAGCAGAAACUACUACAUAAGAAGCUCAUUUGUCAAGAACAACCAGAAAAAUACAGUAGCAUUUAUCUGCAAUUUUAUGCUAAUGAGCUUGUCAUAUUCAGGAGAAAAUAAGAAAGAAAGAGAGAUGACGCUUCUAAAACUGGUCUGGACAAAUUAACAUCUCAAUCAGUAAAAGAAGCAGUAAGACUUCACUUGUGGAUUAAUCAUGAAAAUUCCUGGAAAAAGGACAACAGAUUUUAUUCUCCGUUUACCCCCUCGAGGAGGUAAAGGUUUGUUACAGUGACAUGGACAGCAACCUCAGAGAGCACUGUCCUCUGCUAAGGACUUUGAAAAGUAAUCUAUGAACUACAAAUGUUGCCCUUCUGCACUUUAUUUCUCUUAUCAGAUACCCUCUGGUCGUUCUCCCAGGCUCUUUCCUCCUGUACCUUUCAAAGACAGAUAAAACACCCAGAGAGAUUAUAAAGAAAGGGAUUAUCAAAAAAAAGGCUGCUAAUUUACUUCCUCCGCCCGUUUUUUUUUUUUGUCUCCUCACCCAUCUUUCUACCCAGUAAUAUUUGCAGAAGCUUUUUCCACACUGCUUAAGGAUUUCAUCUGUCCCUUCCUUAAAACAGUUUUUCUUUUUAUUUACCCAGAAAGGUCUGCAAUAUGCAAUGAAAAUUGUCUCUUUGUUAGCAAGAAAAUGCAACAAAUUGUCUCUUGCAAUUUGUUGCAGGAACACGAUUGUGUUUAUAUAUACAUGUAUAGUAUUCAGUUUGUUUGGAAACUGUUUCCAUUAUUUGAUUAACCCCCCUGAAAGAUUUAUGUGAGCAAUUAUUUUAGGUGCAGCGGCAGUGAUUUCUGUAGCAUUUAUUGCAUCCCUGCAGUAAAUCUAAGCUCCCUCUCAAUUUUUGAUUGGCUUGGAAUAAACCUAUAAUAUUAAUGUGUUUCUGAUAUCAGAUUAUAUUGCAGAUAUUAUUAUGCUAGUCUACUAUGAUAUGUCGGCCCAGAAAUUCCAGAAAUGUUUCUGUUUUUUGGUUUCCUGUAUGAACCCACAAUGUACAUGUCCUUUGUUGUGUUGAUGGAUUCGGUUUUUUUGAUUUAGAUUUCAAUAUCACUGCGAUAGUUAUUUGUUGUGUCCUUCCAACAGUUGCUAAAGUUUAUGUAAGAAACUUAGAGUUUAAAGUGUCAGAAUGGACUUUAUGCUGCCUUGACUCUGUUAUUUUGAAUUAAAUCUUAGGUUUUAUAAA